AUGGUCCCCCGGCGUUGCUGUCUGUCGCGUCUGAGGUUGAGGAGCUUGAUUUUGAGGGCAAAUACCAGCGUGCCGUGGUACAAGAAGUACAACUGGUACAGCUUUGCGCUCUACCGGUACAAGGUCUACGAUGGCAUUUGGCGAGUUGCAGCUACGGCAACCAUAGGUGCUUGCCUCUACUUGAGCGUUGUAGUGGUCCAGACCUGGAACGCAUCUGUCCACCGAACCUGGCAGCACUACGCCCGGAAGGAGCGAGAGAGAGCCGAGCUCAUGGAGUUCAUCCGCCAGGCUCGCGAGAAAGGCACGCUGCCGCCGAGCAAGGCGGGGGGCAGGGUGUUUCUUGCGCGGCAUUGCGGGCACGGGGCGCUCUCGCGCAGGUCGCUGGCUUCGAGUGAUCUCUCGAAGCCACAUGUAGUUGGCGUUCGGGGGAGUGAAUUCCUCGGGCAGAGUCACUGCCGCGCGGUUCUCCGUUAG